AUGUAUACAGAACCCACGACUUUUUCCGCCGAACAGUAUUUUGCAACCCAAUUGCCUCCUCCCACACUGCAACAUGACGUAGAGUGCGUCCGGGAAUUCAUCGCACGGCACCAGAAAGAGGGAAGGGCGGUCGUCCUCGUAACGAGCGGGGGUACAACAGUCCCAUUAGAGCUCAAUGUCGUCCGAUUCCUUGACAACUUCAGUGCUGGUACCCGAGGUGCAACCUCUGCGGAAUACUUCCUCAAAGCAGGAUAUGCAGUCAUCUUUAUGCAUAGGCAAUUUAGUCUGCAGCCCUUCAGCAGACACUACUCCCAUUCUACGAACCCGUUCCUCGACUUCCUGGACAUCGACUCCCCCGAAUCUCCAGGAGCUACACCGCGUAUUUCCGUCACUCCGAAUAAGCGCGAAGACCUUCUCCAGGUCCUGACCAUGUACAAGGAUGUUCACGCUCGGGGCACACUACACACCUUAACCUUCGUAACUGUUGAUGAUUACCUCUGGCUCCUACGCGCCGUCAGCAAGGAGAUGUCCGUGCUGAAGCGAAAAGCCAUGUUCUACCUCGCGGCGGCUGUCAGCGACUUCUUCCUGCCCCGGCAAAAAAUGGCAAGCUACCUCUCGGAACACAAGAUCCAAUCAGGCAAGGGCAGUUUGCACAUUGAGAUGGAUCAGGUGCCCAAGAUUUUGAAGCCCCUAGUGGACGAGUGGACGCCAGGAGGGUUUAUUGUGUCGUUCAAGUUGGAAACCGACGAGAAUCUCUUGCUCCCCAAAGCCCGACAGGCGCUUGAACGAUAUGGCCACCAAGUAGUCAUCGGUAACGAACUCCAUCGACGUAAAUUUGAAGUCGUGUUCGUUUCCAAAAAGCCAUCACCAGCUCUUCCUCCUGGCAUCAAACAGACUAAAGAAGCUAUUUCGCAUGCCACAGAUCCUUCCAACUCUUUUUCAGAGUACUGGCUCCGAAUAGAUAUACCAGAACAUCCAGCUCCUGGAGUUUUAGUGAAAGAGAUCGAAGAAGACAUUGUUGCUGAGUUAGUGAAGAGGCACACAGAGUGGGUAGAAAACACCUCGUAA